AUGGUGGACCACAUGCGCGCCGCUGUUAACGAGGCAUGUGCAGGUGUGCAGGCAGGAGAUGGUGGCCCUUUUGGAGCGGUUGUGAUAAAGGAAGGAAAAAUAGUGGCCUCAGGACAUAACAUGGUGUUGGCUGCAAAGGAUCCCACAGCGCACGCUGAAAUGACCGCCAUUCGAAAUGCAUGCAAGGCACUCAACACGCACAACCUCUCAGGUUGUGUAUUGUACGCUUCAUGUUACCCAUGUCCAAUGUGUCUGGGUGCUUGUUUAUGGGCACGUUUCGAUUCCAUUUACUAUGGAGCCACUACUGAACAGGCUGCAAAUGUUGGAUUCGACGACAAGGUUUUCCAUGAAUUCCUGAGGAAUCCGCGGUCUGAUCAACAUCGGAAGCUCGAACAUCUACCCAUCGCCGAAAGUUCACGCCCAUUCGAGUUAUGGGCGAAGAAAACUGACAAGCAACCAUAUUAA